AAUUCUCUGCAAGAAAACAAAAUGGAAAUCCCUUUCUUACCUCUGUUGAAGCAAUUAUGGCAAGAGUUAGAGUUGACCCCGUUCCUUGCCUUUCUUUUCUUUCUUUCUCUGCUUCUUUUCUUCAUUCUUAGUAGGCCUCGUUCUAAACUGAAGUUACCACCAUCACCACCAUGGUUACCACUGAUUGGGAACCUUCACCAACUAGGCACGCAUCCACACCGCUCUUUCCGAGCACUCUCCGAAAAAUAUGGCCCUCUAAUGCUCUUACACUUGGGCCAAACUCCUACUCUUAUUGUUUCAUCAGCCAACAUGAUGAAGGAAAUCGUCAAAAAUCAUGACAUCGCUUUCUCCGGUAGACCUCAAACCACUGCUGCCAAUAUCUUACUUUAUGGAUGCCAAGACGUGGGGUUUGCUCCUUAUGGUGAAUACUGGAGACAAACUCGAAAAAUCUGUGUUCAUGACCUUUUGAGCCUUAAAAGAGUUCAACAAUUUCAGUUCGUGAGGGAAGAAGUGACGGUAGCGUUGAUCGAAAGGAUACGCGGAGCUAGCCAAUCUAGCAAGGAUUCUUCUGUAAAUCUAAGCGAGAUGUUGAUGGCAGCCGCCAACAACAUAUUGUCUAGAUGUGUUCUCGGGAGGAGUUUUGUGAUUGAAGAAGGGCGGAGCAGGUUUGGAGAGCUGGGGAGAAAGCUUAUGGUCUGCAUGAUGGCUUUUUGCGUCGGGGAUUUCUUCCCUUCUCUAAAAUGGAUUGACAAUCUUACAGGCCUCACAGGCCGCUUCAAAGAACUGUUCAGAGAAAUGGAUGCCUAUAUUGAUGAAGUGAUUGAAGAACACAAGGCAGCGGUACGUGGUGAUGAUAUUGGCGGCUCUGAUGUGAAAGACUUUGUGGAUAUCCUCCUCGGAGUUCAAAAGCAUGGCAUGCCUGAGUUUGAGCUCACUCGAGACAAUAUGAAAGCAGUCCUAAUGGACAUGUUCCUUGGUGGAAGCGAUACUACUUCGACGGCAUUAGAAUGGGUGAUGGCCGAGCUACUGCGACAUCCAGAGGUGAUGAAGAAAGCCCAAGAAGAGGUGAGGAGGGUGAUGGGCAAUAGGUCAAAGAUAGAUUUGAAUGAUGUCAAUCGAAUGGUUUACACGAAAUGUGUCAUCAAAGAGACUCUAAGACUACAUCCUCCUGAUCCUCUUCUAGUUCCUCGAGAAACGUUGGCAAGCGCCGAGAUCGGUGGCUGUCAUAUUCCUGAGAAAACAAGAGUAUUCAUCAAUACAUGGGCCAUCCAAAGGGACCCAAAUGUUUGGGAUAAGCCAGAGGAGUUCCUUCCUGAGAGAUUCCAGGAUAAUGAUGUUGAUUUCAAAGGGCACGACUUCGAAUUUGUUCCCUUCGGUUCUGGAAGGAGGGGAUGCCCUGGCUCGACUUUUGCGGUUUUUGGUGUUGAGUACAUCAUCGCCAAUCUUUUGUAUUGGUUUGAUUGGAAGUUGCCAGGUGAUGACGAUGGUGCAAUAUUGGCUAAGGAAUUGGACAUGAGUGAAGUUUAUGGGCUCACUGUUCAUAAGAAAGCUCCUCUCUAUCUUGUACCAAUACCUUACUCCCCUUGAUCCCCCUAUAAGGGAUCGAUCUAUGGUGCUUCUCUUGAUUAUGCUGUUUUUUUUAGAAUAAGAGAAUAGAUUAUGCUGUUUUUCUUUC